GCCAUAAUUCUCUCCCCCAUCACCCGUCUCGUGAUUCCAACAUUUUAUAAAACCCCGCUUUUUCUCUCUCUUAAAACCCUCAAUUUCUUCAUUUUUCACUUUCCAGAACUCCGAGAAUCUUUCCUCUCUCUUCUCUGAAUCUUUGCUUUUCAAGCAUCAAUGGCGGAACAUGGUGAACAUGAAGCUCCUCAUCAUGAAGGAGAAACGUUAAUGGAGAAGAUCGCUGAGAAACUUCACCUUCAUGAAAGUCACGAUGAAGAGAAGAAGAAGAAGAAGCAUGAAGAUUCUUCAUCAUCUUCUUCUUCUUCCUCAGAUUCUGAGUCUGAUAAGCCGAAGACGACGUCGCCUCCUACUCCUACUGCUGCUGCUGCUCCUGCUUCUUCUGUUCAAGCUAAGAUCUACCGUCUCUUUGGCCGUGAGAAACCUGUUCACAAAGUUCUCGGUGGCGGUAAACCUGCUGAUGUGUUCUUGUGGAGGAACAAGAAGAUCUCAGGAAGUGUGUUGGCAUCAGCUACUGCGAUCUGGAUUCUCUUUGAGUUGCUUGAAUAUCACCUUCUUACUCUCAUUUGCCACAGUUUGAUUUUCUCUCUUGCAGUCCUGUUUUUAUGGGCUAAUGCCUCCACCUUUAUUAACAAGUCUCCACCUCAUAUUCCAGAGGUUAUUCUGCCAGAGAAGCCAAUCCUUGAGGCUGUUGCUGGACUGAGGCAUGAGUUGAAUCGAGGACUCGCGAUGUUGCACGACAUUGCUAUGGGAAAAGACUUGAAGAAGUUCCUUGCUGUCAUUGCAGGCUUGUGGAUAUUGUCCAUUGUCGGCAAGAGCUGCGGCUUCAUAACCCUCUUUUAUAUAAAUUUUGUAUUGUUGCACACAAUCCCUAUUCUUUACGAGAAGUAUGAGGACAAGGUUGAUGCUUUUGCGGAGAAAGCAAUGGCUGAAGCCAAGAAACAUUAUGGUGUGGUAAAUGAGAAGUACAUAAGUAAGAUUCCAAGAGGACCUUUGAAGAACAAGAAGGCAGAUUAGAGGCACAGACAUUAAACAAGCCUUGUGCGACGAUUGUUAGGAUAAGGUUCCUAACUCUUUAUUUACCUGAAGGUCCAUCCAUUGUGCUACUCACCUCACCUUUUGGCUUUUGCAUUUUGGCUAUUUGCAUUUUGGCUAUUGCAUUUUGGCUAUUGCAUUUUGGCUAUUUGCAUUUGACUUUUGUGGCCUAAGAUAGUGUUAUUGCCGGGAUUAGCUCAGAAGUUACCAGAUUUUGUAAGCUUUGUGGCAAUUUUCUUGUUUUUGGUUGUUGUUGACAAUUUGUUGGUUUACAGGAGAAAUUAGAAGCACAGUAGAGCUACAUAAUCUUAUUUAUUUGUGGACAUGGUUCUCUUUGCUUUUGGAUAGGUAAUAGGUUUUGCUAAUGUUGUAAUUGUGAUGUAUUAGUCUCACAGCAAUGAUCUGCUGUUGUCCCUGUGCUAUCCAUAUUAUACACUCCUACUAGAGUUUGGUAGUAGUUCUCUUUAUAUUUACAGUCUUUUCUUAUUUCUGGCAACUCUUCAUACACUAAUUUCUAUGAAAUUUUUAGUUUGGAUA